CAUUCUCCCUCCGCUUCAGAUUAAAGGGGGGGAGGGAAAAGAAGCUCGGCCGCCAUUUUCCCAGUGCCGCCGCCACCGCCGCCACCGCUCGCCGAGCCGGCGGGAGAACCGAGCACCUUAGCGAAGCCGACUCGUCUCGCCGCGGCGGUGCGGGGGGCGGCUGGAGCGCUCCCCCCGGCCGGGAAGAGGCGUCCGGGGGCGGCGGCCGGGGUGCGGGCUUGGGCUGCAGACGGCGGCGCUUGUUUGUGCGGGGCGGGGGGGCGGCUUCACUCUCUGCCCCCGCCCGCCCGUCCUCCCGGCCGGGCUGUUCCCCGGCCGUGCCCAGGCCCCGCCGGAGCCGAGGAAGGCCGGAGAAAGAGCCCGAAAGAGAAGAAAAAGCGGCCGCUCCCCGCCGCCGCCGCCUUCCCCUCCCCCUCCGCCUCGCCCCCCCGCCCGGAAAGUCAGGGCGGCUCCGGGCGCCGGGGGGGAGGAGAGCGGCGGGCCCGGGCCGGAGCCGCCGCCGCGCGCCCCCGCCCGCCGCCGCCGCCGGCCCUCGGCGCCCAGGCCGGGGGCUGUUUGCAAACUGCGCCCAUUUUGUGGGGCUGAAUCCGCCCGGGCAACGCUCUUCCAUCACGUGUCUGUUCUCUGGGGAGGCGGUAAGGGGCUGUGGAGCUGGCCUCGGCACCGGGAUAGGCUGGACUUCCUGUCUCUCUGUGCUGAAUGGCUGCGAUGGCGCCCGCUCUCACUGACGCAGCAGCUGAAGCACACCAUAUCCGGUUCAAACUGGCUCCCCCAUCCUCCACUUUGUCCCCUGGCAGUGCCGAAAAUAACGGCAACGCCAACAUCCUUAUUGCUGCCAACGGAACCAAAAGAAAAGCCAUUGCUACAGAGGACCCCAGUCUAGACUUCCGAAAUAAUCCUAACAAGGAAGACUUGGGAAAGCUGCAACCACUGGUGGCAUCUUAUCUUUGCUCCGAUGUAACAUCUGUUCCCUCAAAGGAAUCGUUGAAAUUGCAAGGUGUCUUCAGCAAGCAGACAGUACUUAAAUCUCAUCCUCUCUUAUCUCAGUCCUAUGAACUCCGAGCUGAGCUGUUGGGGAGACAGCCAGUUUUGGAGUUUUCCUUAGAAAAUCUUAGAACCAUGAAUACAAGUGGUCAGACAGCUCUGCCACAAGCACCUGUAAAUGGGUUGGCGAAGAAAUUGACUAAAAGUUCAACACAUUCUGAUCACGACAAUUCCAGUCCCCUUAAUGGGGGAAAACGAGCUCUCACGUCAUCUUCUCUUCAGGGGGGUGAAGUGGUGGCAUCUGAAUCUGGGGACUUGAAAGGGGGUAUGACCAAUUGCACUCUUCCACAUAGAAGCCUUGAUGUAGAACACACAACAAUAUUUAGCAAUAAUAGCACUGCAAACAAAUCUUCUGUAAAUUCCAUGGAACAGCCGCCGGCACUUCAAGGAAGCAGUAGGUUAUCACCUGACACAGACUCGAGUUCUAACUUGGGGGGUGUCAAAUUAGAGGGUAAAAAGUCUCCCCUGUCUUCCAUUCUUUUCAGUGCUUUAGAUUCCGACACAAGGAUAACAGCUUUACUACGGCGGCAGGCUGAUAUUGAGAGCCGUGCCCGCAGGUUACAGAAGCGCUUACAGGUUGUGCAAGCCAAGCAGGUGGAGAGGCAUAUACAGCAUCAGCUGGGUGGAUUUUUAGAGAAAACCUUGAGCAAACUGCCAAACUUGGAAUCCUUGAAGCCCCGGAGCCAGUUGAUGCUAACUCGAAAGGCUGAAGCUGCAUUGAGAAAAGCUGCCAGUGAGACCGCCACUUCAGAGGGACUUAGCAACUUCCUGAAAAGUGAUUCGAUUUCGGAAGAAUUGGACAGAUUUACAGCCAGUGGUAUAGCUAACUUGAGGUGCAGUGAACGAGCAUUUGAUUCAGACGUCACUGACAGUAGUUCAGGGGGAGAGUCUGAUAUUGAAGAAGAAGAACUGACCAGAGCUGAUCCUGAGCAGCGGCACUUACCCCUGAGGCGCAGGUCAGAAUGGAGAUGGGCUGCAGACCGAGCAGCUAUUGUCAGCCGCUGGAACUGGCUUCAGGCUCAUGUUUCUGACUUGGAAUAUCGAAUUCGGCAGCAAACAGAUAUUUACAAACAGAUACGUGCUAAUAAGGGGUUGAUAGUUCUUGGAGAGGCGCCUCCCCCAGAGCACACAACAGACUUAUUUCUUCCACUUAGUUCUGAGGUGAAGACAGAUCAUGGGAAUGAUAAAUUGAUUGAGUCUGUUUCUCAACCACUGGAAAACCAUGGUGCCUCUGGUCAUCCUUCAGAGUCAUUGUCUACUAAAUCAUGUGGAGCAUUGAGACCUGUCAAUGGAGUUAUUAAUACUCUUCAGCCUGUCUUGGCAGACCACAUACCAGGAGACAACUCUGAUGCUGAGGAACAAUUGCAUAAAAAGCAAAGACUGAAUCUAGUUUCUUCAUCAACUGAUGGCACCUGUGUGGCAGCCCGAACACGUCCUGUGCUGAGCUGUAAGAAACGGAGGCUUGUUCGACCCAACAGCAUCGUGCCUCUUUCCAAGAAGGUUCACCGGAACAGCACAGUGCGCUCUGGCUGUGAUGUGAACCCCUCCUGUGCACUGUGCGGCUCAGGCAGUGCCAGCACCACACCUCCAGAAAUCCACUAUGAAGCCCCUCUGUUGGAACGCCUUUCCCAGUUGGAUUCUUGUGUUCACCCGGUUCUGGCAUUUCCAGAUGAUGUUCCCACAAGCCUGCACUUCCAGAGCAUGCUGAAAUCUCAAUGGCAGAACAAACCUUUUGACAAAAUCAAACCUCCAAAAAAGUUUUCACUUAAGCACAGAGCACCCAUGCCAGGCAGUCUCCCUGAUCCAACUCGUAAAGACAGGCACAAGUUGGUCAACUCCUUCCUGACAACAGCCAAGCUGUCCCAUCACCAAACCCGGCCUGACAGGACCCACAGGCAGCACUUAGACGAUGUGGGGGCCGUGCCUAUGGUGGAGCGAGUGACAGCGCCCAAAGCAGAGCGCUCGCUCAACCCGCCGCCACCCGUGCAUGACCCAAACCACAGCAAAAUGAGAUUGCGAGACCAUUCAUCUGAGAGAAGUGAAGUGUUGAAGCAUCACACGGACCUGAGCAGUUCGAGCUACUUGGCGGCCACCCACCACCCACCACACAGUCCCUUGGUGCGACAGCUCUCCGCGUCAUCAGACACCUCUGCACCCACCAGCUCUAGUCCACAGGUUACAGCCAGCACGUCUCAGCCAGUAAGGAGGAGAAGGGGAGAGAGCUCCUUCGAUAUUAACAACAUUGUCAUCCCAAUGUCAGUCGCUGCAACCACCCGUGUAGAGAAGCUACAGUACAAGGAGAUCCUUACUCCCAGCUGGCGGGAGGUUGAUCUUCGGUCUCUGAAGGGGAGUCCUGACGAGGAGAAUGAGGAGAUAGAGGACCUGUCUGACGCAGCCUUCGCCGCCCUGCAUGCCAAAUGUGAGGAGAUGGAGAGGGCUCGGUGGCUGUGGACCACGAGUGUGCCACCUCAGCGGCGGGGCAGCAGGUCUUACAGGUCAUCGGACGGCCGGACAACGCCCCAGCUGGGCAGUGCCAACCCCUCCACCCCUCAACCCGCCUCCCCUGAUGUCAGCAGUAGCCACUCUUUGUCCGAGUUCUCCCACGGGCAGUCCCCCAGGAGCCCCAUUAGCCCAGAACUGCACUCAGCCCCCCUCACUCCCGUGGCGCGGGACACUCUCCGACACCUGGCCAGUGAAGACACCCGUUGUUCCACACCAGAGCUGGGGCUCGAUGAGCAGUCUGUCCAGCCAUGGGAGCGGCGAACCUUCCCCCUGGCGUAUAGUCCCCAGGCAGAGAGUGAGGACCAACUGGAUGCACAGGAACGGGCGUCCCGCUGCACUCGGCGCACCUCAGGCAGCAAGACUGGCCGGGAGACAGAGGUGGCACCCACCUCGCCUCCCAUCAUUCCCCUCAAGAGUCGGCAUCUGGCGGCAACAGUCACAGCUCAGCGUCCAACUCACAGAUGAGUGGGAUAUGAGAAUCUAAACAGACUCACUAUUGGCAUUAAAGCUUCAGAAAACUCUGCGUUUGAUAUUCAAACAUCAUAUGCCGAAAAUUUUCACAGUUUUUAGUGAAUUUAAGGAAUUUAGAUUCUACUUUGAUAAUUUCUUUCUUGUUUUGAUUUUUGUUUUGUUUAUGUUUUGGUUUCCAUGUUUAUCGUCACACACCUGAGCACUUCCUCCAGUUGGCACACAGUUCAGGAUAAGACCCUGCUGGCCUGGUCCUGGCACAUCCUCUGCACUGUUGAAUCACUGGGCUUAGCCAUGUUGGAUGAUCACCCCUCUCGCGCCCCUGUGGGCAGGGUGGGACAGCCAGGUGGGCAGAGGGAAAGGAACCUCCAGCUCAGCAUUGCCCCCUGAGGUUAGGGUGGGAGAGAGCAGUGUGCUCUGGGCUCGUACCCCGUCCCUUCUGUUGCUUAGCUCAGCUCCGGCCCUCCCGGCUGGGUCCCCUUGGUCGUCUGUGCUGGAGCACCUCCACCAGAACCUCUUGGCCUGAACUCCAGCUGUUCUCACCCAGCUCUCAGCUGACAGAAUGGCUUCCCCUGUCACCCAGGUCUUGGAGACCUGUUCUGGGUUUCCUCUGCAUUCGGUCAUCCCUGUUCUGACUUCUUAACUGAGGUAAGCUGGCUGCGGCUGUUCAGGUCCCCAUCCUGCCCCUUCGUGUCCUCUCACCUGCUCUCGCACACCAUUCACACGCCCACGCACACAGUCCUUCCACUUGGAACGUUUUCCCCCCCUAACCUGGUCUGUGGAGGUAGGAUUAGGACUACUUAAUCUCUCUUCCCACUCCCCUGCAGACUCUAGGGGGUCUUGGAAAUGAGCAGCCAUCUCUCCUGUAUAAUUCUGUUUUCACUGAGUCAUUUGGUCAUAUUUCCCCACCCCCGUCCAGUUCCCUGUCAGUGUCUGUCAGGUCCUUCCUCUUUCGAGCUCCCUUGCCUGUGGAACACUGUCUGGUCCUAGCUGUGGUUCCUAUCACUCCCCAUCACCCCCCCGGGUUAACCUUGUGCCUGUCUCAUCUAUGAUCACAUCACCAAAAAGGGGGGCAAUAAGGACUUUUUUUUUUGCCAUUUUGUAAUCGUAUAAAAAUAGUAGACAAACUGCUUAAUGGUUGGGGUUUUUUCACAAUUUUCAACAUUAGUGAUUUUUUUUUUUUGAUUCUGUUUGCAAGUUAAAGGGUUUGUCAUUGUUUCUUUAAAAACAAUAAUGCACCAUAUCCCUAUGCAUAAAGUGCUUCUUCUAUUUAUAAGGUUGAAAAUUCUGAAUAACCCUUUUAGCAUUGUAAAAAAAAAAAAAGAAAAAAGAAAAAGAACAAAAAAAACCUUGUAUUUUGUAAAUAUUUUCUUUUCUUGCUUUGAGCUGUGUAUUGGCAGCGAAACAUGUAGCUGUCUUUGUUCUAUAGAAAUGCUUUUCUUCAGAGAAGCUGAUCUUUGUUAAUGUCUUGAUUCUGUUCGCAAAGCACAGACUAGUGCUUAAAAAAAAAGGAAGGAAAAAUUGAAAAAAAUAAUAAAAAAAAAGUUACAGAAUGUUGUAUGCCAGGCCCUUCUUGUUACAGGACAUGGUACUGGUGGUGGCUGAGGAGCCUCCCUGAGGAGCAGUUGUUCUCUGGGUCCUCCGACUGGCUGUGAACCUUGGGAAGUCCCCACUGUCUUCUGGGCACCGGGCAGGGUCCUCUGAUGGUCACCAGAGAGAGUGGUUCUCACCGGGGCGGGGGUGAGAGACGCCAGGAGGAAGGGUGUCUUCGUAAAUCGUCUUUUUUUGUUGUUGGAUGUAAGUAAUUGAUCCACUGCUCUUAAUGUUCCUUCUUCUAGUGAGGCCGGCCAGCAUUGGGACAUUUUUUAAUCUAUUCUAAAUUGCUCUUUAAUGGAUAUUUCACUUUCCAUCAUCCACCUUUUCUGGGGUUGAGGUCACUGCAGACAUGUAUAUACUUUGCAUGGAACCUGAGCUGGUUCUCAGCAGCUUUCUUCUGAGAAGGCUAUGCUUGGUGUUCUUUGUACAAGAUGAGUAAGUGGGCAGGCCUGCGACUCUCUUUACUUCCUUUUUUCCUUUUUUUUUUUUUUUUUUUUUUCAUAGCAGUCAAGUUGACACAGCCAAUGCAGCUGCCUCUCCUGACUAUGAAACCUACGAGUUCUGAGGUAGCAUUUCUCUUUGGCUGCCCUGUUGCUGCUUCUGUAGUUGCAGUUAAGACCUGCUCUACUUAAGCUGCUGCCUGCAGUGGCUAAAGCACAUCAGGAAAAGCUGAGAAAAGUAGUAUUUUGAAGCUGUAUGAAAAAUCAAAGGCCUGAGUGUUAUGACCUUGACCUACUUAUUAAGGAACAAUAAUAUGAUGGGUUCUGUUCUGUUUUCCUUUGUAGCAUUGCCAAGGGCUACCUGGUAUCCCUAUCUUGAUCUAGCAAACACUCUCCAAUCUAUAAUAAGGCUCAAAGGAGAGAGCAAAGCAGCUCUGUAAUCCUGCAAGGCAUCUAGCCAUCAUUCAGCUGACUGGCCUAGUGUCCUGCCUCAGCCCCAGGCCCCUAGGCUAAUUUCCAGGGGUAGAAAGGGUUCCUAGAGCCACCCCAGUGUUCUCAGCUUUGAAUACAGUGGGCUGGGUCUUACAAACUGAGUGCAGCCUUGUGAGCUCACCCACAAGGGUAUUGCCCUUUGAGUUGGACCAGGAUGGUUUGCCAGCACCAGAACGAGAGAAUCACCUAAAAAUGAACAAGUCUGAGAGCUCUUUCACCUUCAGGGCCCCAGACCCAGCUGGUAAAUCCUGAUGUCCAGGUUUUAACAAUAUUGUCAUUUCCUGAGCUAAGUUCUCUAAGGCUGGGAAAGGACCUGCAAAUCAUACAUCAUUUUCUGGUCCUUUGAAUCCAUACAUGGAGACCUUAUUUAAUCAGAGUAAUAACUUUAUUUUCCAAAUUCACUUUUACAGCAACAGUGUAAAUCAUUUGUUAAAACACACAAUACACCAUAUGGACAUUCACAGACAGGAAGCUAAGCUAAGGUGGUUUCAUGUCCCUCCCCCCACCCUCAAAAUUAACAAAGGAAUCAUGGGACUUGCAAGUGCCAGAAAUUGCCCUGCGCAACACUGCAAAUUCACGGGGCUGAGUCCGUCAGGAGGCGAGACUCUGGGUCAGCGCCCAGGGUAACCCUUUCCAAAGCUGAAGAGAAACCAGAAGUCUCUUGAAGCCACAGAUCUGUAGACAGGACAAGCUGAUGACCUCCACGUCUGCCCUCUUCCCUGCCUCUUUGCUUUCCUUGGAGGACAGAGAUUUAAGGGUGACGAGAUCUUAGCAGCUACUAGGAGUACAGGCUGUGUGUCCGGAGCUGGUGGGAAAGGUGACGUGGAGGUGCCAGCAGCUUAAAGGAAAGGAUGCCAGCGUGUUCGGGAGGCAUGACCGCGGGCUUGGGAACCCCGCAAAAGGGCAGCAGGUCACAGCAACCAUAUCUCCGGAUUCCUCCACAAGCCUCACUGCCUGCACCUGGCCGGGAAGGAGAUGGGAACUAGCUGGCAGCCUGUGGCACCUGUCGGUGAGAAGGUGAAAUCCCAAGGGACCUCUAGCACACGUGGUUGAAAUCAGGAAGAAAAGUAUUACCAGGCCUUGGACUCCUGCUCUCCAAGACUCCCCUUUGCCCAGUGGUAACUCUCCUACAGGUUCCUCUCCCCUCCACGGCCCCACCAGGAGCACAACACGCAGUUGCCAACAGGAUACGGUCUCACCACUGAAGUCAGUUUAAAUGGAACUUUUGAUAAAGUGAAUGCAGAGCUUGAAGCGACCAGGCGGAUAGUGUAUCCCAUCUAGCCCACCCGAGGGACACCGGCCCUGGAAGAAACGGCGGUGGGGGAGUGCCCAGCCCUGGGGGCCGUGUCCUCUUUUACGGUUCCAAGCCAGCGUUGCGCUCUGCAGGCUCCCUGCCAGCACUGACCUGAUGACCCUAAAUCACGCUCUUUAGGCUGCUCCCGACAGCCCACGCAACACGAGGUGCCCGCUGAGUAAGGCCCUCGGAAAAAGGUACUGGAGGGCAGGGUGAAGAAACUGCAGGGAGAGGGUCAAGAAAUGCAGCCAGAAUUGGUGGCAGUAAUGAGGGGCUGCAUCUCUAACAGCUACCAGAUCUUCACACCAAGUUUCCUCUUUCUUCCUCAGAACCCUUCCAAGACCAGCUGGGACCCAGAGGACAAAGGAGAGCCGCCGCACUGCGGGAAGUUUGGGGCCCAGGUGAUCCUCUGGCUGCAGAUGAAGCGUCUGGCCCUGGACUCCAACCACCCAGCCCCGUACGGUUGCCUUUAACUGUACCCAAAUCAGAAGUGGCAGAACCAAGCCGAGGUUGCUGAUUUUCUUCAAACAGCAGAUUUCUACAAAGGCUGCUUCCCUUUCCCCAUGGCAGGAGAUGGGUUUCAUGCAAGGUCAGCAGGGGCUCUGGCCAAGGAUUUGGAAAUGGUUGUCUCCUGACCUGUCACCCUUGUCAGGCGGCUCAGGCCCCUGGGGCCAGUCCAGGGCAGGCAGUGCAUCCUAACCCCUGCUGUGGCCAUCAGGCCCCGGGUGGGGAGGCCUGGGCCAGCCUUCCUGCGGGAGAGCUUGGAGCGGGACCCCGGGCUGGAGGGUGGGUUGCAGACCUUUCCCCAGCCGGCACUCAUGACGCAAGGAGUUAGUUGUACGACCCUCUCUCAAGGCUGCUGUGGGGCUUCUCCAGGGCCAUCUUCACCACAAGACACACUGCCCCCUGCCUGACAGAAGGGAGCCCCGGGUGCGGGGAGAGGGGGGUACCAUAGCUUCUGUCCUCCUCCUGUGCUUCAGGCCUUCUUUGCAGCUGAGGGUUCUCAGAUGUCAGCAUCUGGUCUCCGCUGGGUCCCAGAUGUUGAUGAAAGUCUUUCAAAAAUUGGGAGGCCCCACAGAAGAGAGUCACACUGGCCUUCUGGAUCCAAGUCCCAGCUGGGGGGUGAGAGACAUCUAGGACUCCCGUGGGGGGUAGGUUAGAAAUCUCUUUACAAGCAUUUCAAGAUACAUGCGUCCUUUUUUUUUUUUUUCUUUUUUUUUUUUUUCUUUU